GUAAUGUACGACUUCGCCCAUAUAAAUACAAACUCGAUACUUACCUCCCUUCCGCAACAUAUGCAAAAUCACAAGGCCAACCAUCCCUCACUCACUGCCUAGUUGUCUCCUUUACUCAACAAUUUCCCUUAGAUUUUCCAAUUUCUACUCUCUCUUCAAUUGUCUUCUUCUUCCAAGAUUUCCAACACGAAUCUUUUGCUACUAGGACAGCACAGAUAGAUCUCCUUUCUGCUGUCCAGUUGACCCCCAAAAGAAAUAUAAAAAAAAUUAAUCAUUUGAUUAAUUAUUUCACAAGUUUAGGAGUAUAAAAGGCACAUUCAUAUCAUAGCCAUGCAGGCUUCUAAUUAUCACAAUAAACAGGUUCUUCAUUGGCUGUUCAAGGUAGCCCAUUUUUGUCUAGGACACUUGAUCAGAAAAGAGUAAGCAGCCGGCCACAACUACAACAGCAUUAUAUUAUUUCAAUGAAGAUGAUAAAGGAAGAUCUAAUUCGCGGUCUAGGGAAAAACAGUCAUAAGGCAGAUUUAAAUGCUCAUGUUGGAAAUAAGGUCUUGCCAAUUACUGAUUCAACAACAACAACAAGCAAUGCAGAUGAUCAGCAGGAAUGCAGACUGUCAGAUCAGAAGAAAGACAGAUCAAACAAAGGUGAAAGUAAUAAAAACAAGACACUUUCAAGGAUGAAGGAACUCUUGAGAUGGGCUGCUGCUGCUAAAUCUGAAAAAGGAGGCAAAUUUGGAAGAAAGAUGAUGCACUUCAGGAAUAAAUCAGCAACAGUGAAGUCAACAACAGGUUUUGAAGAUGAAACAACAAAUGAAUCUCCAAAGAUAAGCUUAAGAUGGGAAGUAGAGAGUUGUUCGACAACAUGCUCUGCAGCUUCAGCUCCUCCUUCAAUCAAGUAUGAUGAAUGUUCUCGUAGGAAUGGGAGUUGGAUCACAACAGAUGAUGAAUUUGUGGUGCUAGAGCUAUGAAGAGCGGAUAAAGAGAACAUCCAUUAGCUUAAAUACGCGGUUAUUACGUGAUUAAAAUGUAUUUAUUUUUCGUUCGUACUAAUUUUUGUUAAGUUUUGGUAGAUGGGUGAUGUACAUUUUCAAUUGUCUAUAUAUUGAAGACAAAAUUUCACCCCAAAGAUUAAUGGAGAGGGCUUUAAUGCACACAACUUACAUCUUUUA